AUGUUUAAGGUCGGUCUAGCGGAGGUGCAAAUCUAUGGUCGUUACGAGAUGGACGUCAAGAAUCCGGAAGUGUUAUCUUUAAUGGAAAAUAAUUACACUCCGUCGGAAGAUGGUCGUUUUACCGCUGAAAUUGAUGAGCUCAUGCAGAGAGUUGAGAAGAAUAAGCUGAGAAGUGCACAGAAUGCAAAUUUUGGACUGGCUACAUCAGCCCAGCAAAAGUCACAGAUGCUGAGGAAAGCUCGGAACGAAAUGGAACAACUUGAACGAGACCAGCAGAGCGCAAUAAGCGAUGAAGACUUUCACCGAGCUCUCGACCUUCAAGAAGAGAUGAAGGUCUUGCGCGGGAAUGUAUUGGCGGCGCUGGAUCCUGACUUCACCGUAGACAGCAUUGACAACAAAAGCGUUGACAUCGACAUACAUCGCCCAAAAAAUCUUUUCGAAAAGAACAAUUCCAGUUUCAAACUUUCUUCGCCGAAGCUAUUCACUCCGAUUGAUUUAUCUCCGACUGACGAUCUAGCUGCUUUAAAACUGCGUGCUCCAUCUCCAGCGAAGAGUCUUUCAAGCAAGGGGUCGCUCACAACUAAGACCAAACCAAGCUCACCAAGUAGAUCGAGAUCCCAUUCUGCUUCAAGCAUUGAUGGAGGUAGUUCGCUAGCAUUGCCAAAAAGACCUGCAUCAUCUUCAUCCAAUAUAUCUUCUGCAUCCACAAAAUCGACACGAAGCGAGACUUCUACUAAAGUUAAUGGUGCAACUACACCAAAUGGAGAUCGCUGGCACAGCAACAAAUUCUUAGAGAAAGAGAAUACCGUUGUACCAGCGCUAAAGGACAAGAAAAGCCCAGCAAUGUCGCCAAAUGACGAAAGACGUGAAGUAAUGGUCAACGCACUUUCGCCAACAAUUCCAGUGGCGGAAAAACCCGCGUAUGAAAGGGGAGCUGAUCUUUUCUCAGAUGAAACAAUGAAGAAGCUAUACUCCAAGAAAUGGGAACAACGUAAGGAUGGUCUUGAAAGCGUUCAAGUUGCCUUGCAAAAUGAUAUCCCCUCCAAAGCUCAAGCAGCGGACUACCUAGAGUGCACAAUUUCGAUUUUGCAGAGGCACCUGAAGGAUCCGCUUUAUAAUGUCUACACAAAAGCUCUCGAAUUGCUUAACUUCCUCUGCACACAAUUCCUCCCACAACACUCCUUGUACAAAAUGGCGCCUAACCUAGCAAAAUCAACUUCAAAUAUCAUUGCUAUAAGAGCAAGUGAUACGGACCGUCGCUCUGCUGGCAUAACUCUCUCAACUAUGAAUGAUAUCAUGGAACAGGACAACAAGAUUGCAAAAGCUUAUCUCAAUCGUUUCUUGAAAAUGGGACCACCCGGAGGUCAAAAAGGGCAAGCUGCAAUAAUUCAGAAUGCUGUGGAAUCAUUAGGAUCACCGAAUGCUGCUGUUGGGCUAACGGAUGAGGCUGUUACUGCUUUCGGAGUGAAGUGCUUGAGGCAUGCAGAUCCGGAGAUUCGAAGCGUUGGUAGGAUUGUCACCCUGGAAACUUAUUCGAAUGGUAGAAGAGAAGUUGUGCGUAAAAUCCUCAUUGAAGAGAAUCACAAGAGCAGAUAUCCGCCGCUGAAGGCGCUUCUGGAUGAGAUUGCAGAUCUAGACGCGAAACAGGCUAGGAAACAAUCAGCAAGUAGCACUUCGUCUCUCAAAAAGAGGCCUGGCACAAAGACUGUACGCAUUUCCCGUGAUCUGCCGAAAAGGAAUGGGAGUGUGCAGAGCAUUUGCCAAUUUUGUGACGCACUCAUCGACGCCGGUGACGCGGCAGCGCUAGAAAGGCACUACCGCAGUGAUUGUCCUCUGUUCACGAUAUGUGAUGGAUGUGGUCAGGCAACCGAAACGUCGUCUCUGGAUACGCACAAGAAGACUGAAUGCAGAGCUCGAAACAGCUUUAGGGAGUGUCCUCGAUGUCGAGAGCUGAUUGAAAGAGAAGCGUACUAUCGCCAUGUGGGCAGGAAGGACUGCAUCCCUCCCGACGCGUAUUCUGCAAAGUGUCCCUUGUGUGGUACAUUCUUUACGCCCGACAAUGAUGAGGGAUGGAGAAAACACCUCACAGCACACUGUACUGGCAAUCGGCGACGAAGAUCCCUCCAAGAAGGAAAGAGAGCAAGCCUCGGCAGCUCGAGAUCGCUAUCCACACCAGCAUAGUCUUGGGCUUCUUACUACUACUUGAGCAUCUCAAUCCUUGUAAUCAGAACAUGACCUAUGUUGACUUCCCGCGUCGCAACGACUUCUUCGCUAUCAAUGGAUCUUAGCAGUACCUUGCAUUUCAGUUCACCCUGUAAUCACACUGAUCUCAUCAAUGAAAAUAUGUGCUAUAGAAACCAGGAAUUGCCAAAUUGUGAUCA